AGGCGGAACCUGUGCGCCGGGGGCGGGGCUGCCACUCCGGCGCACCGUCGCUAUGGUAACCACGGAGGCUGAGCCCGAGGAGCGGUAUUUUUGGAAUUAAUGGAGCCAGAAGCACAGAUAGAAUCAGACAGUUCAGAAAAAUCAUCAUUUUUCUCCCAGGAGGAAGAAAACGAAGAAUCUCAAGAACCAGAGGAAGCAGAUGUUGAGAACCCCCUUAUAAAACCUGCUCUCACAGGGGAUGUAGAAGGUUUGCAGAAGAUUUUUGAGGAUCCUGAAAAUCCACAUCACCAACAUGCCAUGCAGCUACUCUUGGAAGAGGACAUUGUUGGGAGAAAUUUGUUGUAUGCAGCUUGCAUGGCCGGGCAGAGUGAUGUUAUUAGAGCUUUGGCAAAAUAUGGUGUGAAUCUGAAUGAAAAAACUGCCAGAGGGUACACACUCUUACACUGUGCCGCAGCCUGGGGUCGUUUGGAAACUUUGAAAGCACUAGUCGAACUGGACGUUGAUAUAGAAGCUUUGAACUUCCGGGAGGAGAAAGCUCGAGAUGUUGCUGCCCGAUAUUCGCAGACUGAGUGCGUUGAGUUUCUUGACCGGGCAGAUGCCAGGUUGGCUCUGAAAAAGUAUAUUGCAAAAGUUUCCCUAACCAUAACCGACUCAGAAAAGGGACCAGGGAAGCUCCUUAAGGAAGACAAGAACACCGUUCUCAAUGCAUGCCGGGCAAAAAAUGAGUGGCUGGAAACCCAUCCAGAAGCUUCCAUUAAUGAACUCUUUGAGCAGAGGCAAAACUUGGAAGAUAUUGUGACUCCUGUCUUCACAAAGAUGGCUACAUCUCGUCAAGCGAAAAUGCCAAAUCCAUUAUAAACUAAGCCAUACCCAGAGGAGAAGUCAAGUGUACCUUCUGCUGGACAUAUAUUUUGUAAAAGGCCACAUUUUCUUCUAAUAUCAGUAAAGGCAAACUGAUUUGUGCCAGUCAAAGUCAGGAAAAUUGAUAUGAAAUUUAUCAAAGCAUUUAAGGUUCAGUCACCACUGCUGGGUUUUACCCUUUGGAGGGCUUCUGCCGGACUCUCCUCCAAGCGCAGUCCCAUGUGAAGUUCACCGACUCCGUCAGGAGAGCACUUGGGUGUAAAUCACUCACGGAGAUCACAGGGGAUCUUUAAAAACCACUUAGAGAGUGUCAUGAUUUUCUGCAUAAUUGAGAAAAAAAUUUCCAUUCAAAUGGUGAAUUCCAUUUAAAAAGACAUAUUAGGGUUAUUUCUAGAGGAAAACAAUUUUGUUCUUGCUCUCUUAGAAAGAAAUCUUAUGAAUGACAUUCUGGAGUAAGGACAUAUUAAGAACUGUUUGGAUGAGGGUCCUCUGGUUAUAACUACUUCUUUUUAAUGUUCCAAUUAAUAUUCACCUGUAAAUUAGACAUAGUGUCUAAGUAAAACCCGUAUUUACCUUUAACCUUUUUCUAUCUUUAAGUUAAUAAACAUGAAUCUGUGUAGUUUUAUAUUUAGAAAUUUUCUCCUAUUCUGUAGGUUUGGCAAUACAGAUCUUGUAACUGGACUCCAAGACAUUUUCCCUCCUGUUUUAUUUUCUUUUUCCUAAAAUCUCACACUCAGUUUCCUACUGAUGAUUUGGAAAGUUUUUUUUUUUUUGGUACUGGGGAUUGAACUCACGACCUAUUGCUUGCCAGGCAGGUGCUUGUGCCACUAAGCUAAAUGCCUGGCCCCUGGAAAGUCCUUUUUUCUCGUUUACUUGAUCAAGCCCCUGAACCUUCUAUUAUUUUGGUACUUUCUGGGAAAGUUUUAUAGGAAAGAAAAUAUUUAAAGGAUAUUCUUUGUUUUUACGACUUCCUCUUCUUUGUCUUGCUCUGCAAAUUAGUUUUUCAUUUUAGGGAAGGGGAAAAAUAAAUGACCAAUUCAGUGAUACCUUGUCAUUUGGCAUUGUCUCAAUUGUGGUUUUGCAAUAACCAUUUUAAAUGUCUCCCAAAGUCUUAUGUUUUGAGAUUUUAAAAGACAUACAAGCAAUUCAAUUUCAUUUCCUUAAGCAGAAGAACAGGGCAAUAACUUUUACUCCGUUCUUUGGUAGGCAUUCUCCAAAAGCUGGCCGCUUUUGGAGAAAUACAAGGAAGGAUACCUUGUUUGCUCUCUUUCUUUUAUUCAGGGCAUUUAUAGAAGUCCAAUGUCCUUUAGUACUGCAAUAAUUUAGGAAAAGGCAGGUGCCAUUUUUGUUAUUUCUACUCUUAAUUCUGUAUUUACCGAGCCUGAUCUUAAAUAUCACAUUAUUUUCCAGGUGAGUAUUCAUGGUGAGCAGAAAAGGAGCCCUGAAUUUUGCUUCAAAGAUUAAGACUGCAGCACUUCUGGAGACCCCCAAUAAUAAGGCCAUCUCUCCUCUUUAUACUUACUUCUCAACAUUUAGCCUCGAAAUUUGUAGCUCUUGAUAUACUUGCUAAUGCUAUAUUUGUAAAAGCCCUUUUAACGGCACCUUUAUGCCAAUCAUGAUACUUCUACCUUCUUCACAAUUUGCUCUUCUAAUUUUGUCACAAGCUCCUCUUCCUCCUCUUGCCCCCAGCUAUAAGAACCUCUCAAAAUUCAGUCCUGACCCUCGGUGAAGCAAUUCAUAAUUCUCCACUUCCUUAUCCCUAUCAUUACAAAAAUGAAUCCCUUAUUUGGGCACCUUUACUGCCAAUAGCUGGUUAGCUGUCCAUGUUUGUCUCUGCAUGUGAAAGAACUUUUUGAGUGUGGGAACUUUGUUACACCUAGAGUCUGUAAGGUAGUAAAUUAGUAAAUAAUAGUUAAAUGAAUCCACUUUUAGUUCUACCUUUCUGCAUAGAACUCACUAUCUCUUCAUUCAUUCACAGAGCUUGCUCACCUUCCACACAUGACUUCCAAACUCUGUCUCCAUGCCAUCCUCAUGCUAGUGCCCCAUUCCAACUCCCAAUCCUCCAACAGGCAAGCCACACACAUUCCACAUCACAGCUCUGUGUGUGUCUUGUCUUCUGACUUUAUUUCCUAAGCCUUCAUCUUGAAUGUCAUGUCCUUUUUCAACCCUGUGAACCUUAGUGAUUACCAAGGAAUUCCUGGAUCUUAUUUCAAAGAUUCUGUUGAUGCAAGGAUCUAGCAUUUAUUUACAUUUAUAGAUCUAUAGCUCUUUGAGAGACACAGUACUUGUUGUUAUAUAUUGUUGCACAAUAUAGAUAUGUAGGAUGGUUAAAAUGCCCAUAUGCUUUGCAUGACUUUUUGUGAACUUCCAUAGAAUAAUUACUAUUCAGAGUAUGUACUAGUAAUUAAAAAAUGCUUCCACAGUAGUUGGAGAGGUAGUCAAUCAAAGAGUAGAUUGAGUACUAUAAUAAGUUCUAGACAGUAGUUCUUUAGAGUUUUGUGUUUCAUUGAUCAAAAAAUAUAAAAAAUAUAAAAGGAGGAUAUUGAUAUGACCACUUGAGAAAAUAACUACUACCUAUUAUCAUUUAAUAAAAAACUUUUUAACACCAAAAAUAUAGGGAUCUCAGUGUAAGACCUUCCUCUUUACAUGGAAAAAUAGUCAAGCUUUAUUAUAGAACUUUGUAUUUGAUUUUUCUCAUGUGCCAAAUACAAUAGAUCUUCUGCCAUGAAUCAGAACUGACCUAUGGUCCAGCCUUUGAGAGCUACCACUCUAGACUGAGCAAAGCAGGCAGGUUGCUAUUUAUGUUAGCAUAAUGUCCCAAACUAUAAAAGACUGACAAUUAUCCCAGUGUUCAUUCUAAUAUGUGGUAGAUUAUAGACUUCAAGAUGGCCCCACCUCCCACAGCAGAUGUGCUUUGUACAGUGUGAUCACAGCAUUCCUCACACCGAGAGAUGGGUCUCUGUUCUCUUGACUGUGCAGGCCCGUGCUGUAGGAAAAGUGGUUCUGUGUGAUGUUCCAAAUCUAAAAUUGUAAAAAGUGAUGUGGCUUCUGCCUAGUUCUCUUAAGAUGUUUGCUCUUUGAAACCACAUGGAAAGGCGGAGAGACCCACAUGGAAAUGACCUGAAGCUACAGCCUUGGCUGAGUCCCACCAAGUUGUUAUCUUCAGUGUGCCAGGCCUAUGACUUGAGUCAUCUUGGAAGUGGAUCUCCAGUUGGGCCACCGGCUAAUGCUGUAUACAUUGGACACAAACUUUUUCUACUGAGCACUGCCAGAAUUGCAGACUUGUGAGCCAAAUAAAUGAUUGUUUUUGUUUUAAGCUA